GGCGAUGACAGUUCUUAUUUUGCUUUCGGUCCAGAGUCAAUCUGUCUUGUGGGUGGAGAUCUGGCAGAUCCUAAAUGUAUGUAUGUCUGGAACAUCAGUCAAUAAUGGAGCCGUCCAAAGCACAAUUGACCGCUUUUCCCCAACUACUUCUAAUGGCUGAGUGAAUUGGUGGUAUUGGGAGAGACAAAGUGGUUUCCCAGCUGCUCUCGAGGAUUUCUAUGGAGUUUGAUUGGAUCAGAUGCGAGCCACAGCUAUAGGUAUGGCCCUGGAGGCCGUGGAUGGCAGAACGAGUACUGCAGAGGACACGCUAGCACUUCCAACCAGCAACCUUGAAUUUACAGUCCUCCUCCACCUCCCUACGCCCACAAUAGUUUUAUCAUCAAUUGGGACAGCAGUUUUUGCAAACGAGGCGAUACGAAAACUUUUGGGAUUUCCAAGUUCAACGCUUUCUAGCAAGGAAUUAUAUGGGUACUCUCCGGAGAAGUUGGGAUUGGAGCUAGUGCCGAGCGCACCAUGGCAGACUGUGCUGGAGGACUUCGAUGAGGAGUACAGUGCUCAUCGGGAGAAGGAGGGGUUGGAAAGGGAGGGACCUACACAUGAGAUAAAUCUCGCAUUUUCUGGACAGAGCAGGGGGCCACUGCGCGCAGAAUUGUCCGGAUGUACUUACGAUGGGAAAACAUACUUCAUUAUUUCAGUCGAGCGACCUGCGAAUUUUCCCGUAGGAAAUAGCAGCUUGACGCCAGAAAAGGAGUGUGAUGUUUCUUUUUACCAAGAAGACAUUGGUUCCCUCAAUGAUAAAGGUUGCCAAACUUUCCACUACGACAGUUUUCGCAUUAGGAACGCAGUAUUCGAAAAUCGCGAAAUCCCAGGUUAUCUCAUAUCUGUAGACGAGAACGAAGACUGCAUAUUUAUAUUCAACAGAAAAAGUAGAGAUAUUUUCGGGGAUAUCAUGGAUGGGAAUGGACUUUGUGAUGGACGGACGUUCUAUAAGAAGUUACCGCUAUGGGAUAAACACUUUACUCGUCAACUCUCACCCGCAGAAUAUCCAGGUAAUGCAACCCAUCAACCCUCUACAAACUUGAUCUUGAUACAAUCUCAGGCGUCAGACUUGCUCAUUCUCAAGUUCCAUUCAUCGGAUACGAAUGUAGGUUCAUUCAUACUGCGACAGGUCAGAAAAUGUUUGCUUCUAUUGAUGCAGAAUGUUUAUAUGACGAAGCUACCAAAGAUUUUCUAGGAGGGGUCGUCUGGCUUCGGGAAUUGCAGGCCUACUCAAAGCUGAAAGAACAACAAAUGCCUACACAGUAUGAGUCCAAGACGUCAGAUACCAACUUGCCUAAUUUAUUAUGGACGCACACAGCUUCGAACGAUGACAUACAAUAUCGGUUAACCGACAGAGUAAGCAUACUCAAAAUAAGCAGCUCCUGUAGAAAGUAGCAAAAGUGGCACUAAUGUAUUAUAGUGGUGCGAGUUUACUGGUCUAGACAAAUCUGGACGACCUGGCGAUGCAAUUCAUCCCAACGAUUUACCUCACAUCAUGGCUAAGUGGUUUCACAACAAAGAUAGCCGCACCGAGUAUAGCCACGAAGUUCGAUUCCGGCGUCAUGACGGUAUCUACAGAUGGAUGUUACUUGCUGUAUACCCAAUAUCGAAACGCAAUCAGAUAUGGGCUGCCACAAUCAGCGAUAUCCACGACUCCGUACAAGGGAGAUCGAAAGAGCAGGUACUUGAAGUUUUGUCACAGACUGACGUGAUGAUAUUUACAAUUGACAAGAAUCUUGUUAUCACAUUAGCUGAGGGGGGGACGAACACUGACCUUGCGCCUCGUUCGUUUGAUCUGGUUGGACGUGAGGGAGUUGAAAUUUGUCAAGAAGCGACAAAGGGGGCUGGAACAGGUCGGCUCCGGGAUCUUCCCUGUUAUCAUAUACCUAUCUAAUAGUAUUAUCAGAAUUCCAGAAAAAUGCCCAAGACAUUCUGGCAGGCAGAAUCGAUAUGGCUUACUCUGAGGAUGUUGUGGGAGACAAAAUCUAUCGAGUCAAACUCGUUGUUGAUCUGGAUCACAAUACUCUGGACGAAGAUGGAAAACCGACCAUCAGAGGCGUCAUGGGCUUACGGACAGAUGUUACUGAUAUCAAGAAAAUAGGACAACUCGAGGUUGAGAAUGUGAGAUUGGCAGCAGAGGAGCAAGCUGCCAAAGCUUCUAAUGAGCUCAAAAGUAGAUUCCUAGCAAACGUAAGUGCGCCUUCGAAGUUAGCAUCGAUCUCUAAUGCACUCUCAAAUAUUGAAAGUGUGGAGGUUAUGUUUUUAUCCACAAACAAACGUAGGGGAUGUGUUUUCCCGCAUUUAUCUGUUAUGUUUGUCAAGCUUCACCCUGGAGCUCAAGAAUUCCAGGAAUCUAGUCUGCUCUACAUUGAAACUGAUGGUUUAUAGAUGAGUCAUGAAUUAAGGACACCCGCCGCUGGAGUCAUAGGAAUGGUUGAGUUACUCUCCGAGGAUCCAACCCUUACACCCGAGCAAAGAGAAUACGUCUCUUCCAUCCAACUCUCAGGCAAAGCUCUUCUUUCCAUAGUGAACGAUAUUCUAGAUUUCUCCAAAAUUGAAUCUGGACGUCUGGAUAUCGAAGAAGUUCCCUUCCAUCUCUCGACGAUAGUGGGCGAGUUGUGUAAACUACUUUCAAUGUUCGCACAGCAAAAGGGUAUUCAGUUCAUCCAUGAAAAUUCGAUUGACGAAGAACUUGAAUUCUUGGGAGAUCCGGGAAGAAUAAGGCAGAUACUAACUAAUUUAUUGACAAAUGCUUUGAAAUUCACCAAGGAAGGAUGGGUUAAGAUUUCUGUCUCAGGCACCAGUAGGAAGGAGGAGAGCGGGGAAGUGGUGGAUGUGAAAUUCUCAAUCGAAGAUACAGGGAUUGGAAUUGAGAAGGAUGUUUUGAGCAAGUUAUUUCGACCAUUCAGUCAAGGGGAUUCUUCAACUGCGAGACUUUUCGGGGGGACUGGACUUGGGUUGACGAUUUCUCGGAAUGUUUGUUAUCACCAAACACCGCCUUCUCUGAGCUCAGGCACUAACUGGAUUUAGCUUGCAGGCUUGAUGUCUGGCACCAUAUCCCUAGAAUCAGAUACAAGUAGCGGAAGUACGGCAACCUUCAUGGUACCUCUCAAAGUUUCGCCGUCUUCGAAAGGUGCUCUGGUUGUACAUCGAAAGUUCAGUGAGUCAAAGCAUUACGACAAUAACCUUACUAAGAUUCCCUCAUGGAUCCAGCCACUUGCCCAUCGAAAAAUAAGUCAGGAUUUAAUCAACCAAGCAAUUGGAUGCAGCGAUACACAAUCAUUCACUUCGCCUAAAAUAAGAGGAGAUAACUCAACCGAGUCUGAGCACCCACCAAUGACUUUAACCCCGGAACAGCGAAAGGAAAUCCAAGUUCUUGUUGUGGAGGACAAGUACGUACUGUGUCAAGUUUUCAUUCAUUUAGAUCCCAAACUAACAGCUCCCUAGCGCCAUCAACCAACUUAUCGCCUGCCGCAACAUCCGGAGGCUCGGAUUUUCAGUAACAGCCGUAUGGAACGGUCUUGAGGCACUCUCCUACCUCCGACAGCCAUCAUCCUCGCAACCUCGUCCUGACAUAAUUCUAAUGGAUGUUCAAAUGCCGGUUAUGGAUGGCUACGAGGCUACCAAUCACCUUCGAACGAAAUCCGAGUACGCGGUCACCCCACCUAUGUCUCCGCCUGUGACUCCACUUGAGGAGGGAGACCCCGAUAUGCAAAGCGGAGAAAGUGGCAAGAAGACAACUAUCGAGAUGAGUGUGUGUAAGAGUGAAAAAAUUAACGAGAGAAGAAGAGGCCCACUGAGUGAAAUCGUUGUCAUUGCUAUUACUGCUAGUUGCAUCCAAGGAGAUAAGGAGAAGUGUACUAAUGCAGGUAUGGAUGAUUUUUUAGCAAAACCAGUCGAUAAAGAGAGGUUGGAGGAGAUGCUUGUCAAAUGGGCGUGUAAAAUGAGGCGUUGAGGUAUUCGAAUGGAGGUUUGUGAGUCGUUCCUGUAUUUGUUCAGUUGUAAUAUCUUUUAGGGUGUUUGGUAUGUAAACCGUCUCCUGCAUGUAAAGAUGAAAAAGUAUUGUUAGAAUUCUAAUAGGAGUUUGCUCAUGUCGUUAUUACUGCGCUUCUUUUUCUGUCA